CCGUUGUCAUUGCGGGCCGCGUAGUUUAAAGUUGUGCUCAAAGACCAAGGCCGUCAGCCGGUGCUGACGCUGGCGCAAGCCACCUCCAUCGGCCCUUCAGCCAUUCGACGUCCGUCCCUCGGUAGGGCUGACAUGCAUCACGACGACAAGGCUCUAUUCGACCGGACCACCGACCACCGUCAUUUAGCGACACAGCAACUCAGCACUCAUGUUGCUGACAUUGGCAUAUGCAAACGGCACGUCAGCGCACCUGCGCGGUGUCUAAUUCUAGCUUUGAUACGUUGCUUAAGAAGAAGUGGAUGCCCAGUUGAGGGGGCAGAGCUUGACGGAGACUUGAGCCUCCAACUUGUUAAUCCACGGUCCGUCAUGAAGACCUUUUCCACCCUCGUAGUUGCCACAUGCUGGCUGUUCGUGGCUUUAGCCCACGGCCACACAGUCCUCUCCUACCCGGGUUGGAGAGGCAACACUUUCAUCACAAAUGAGACAUACCCCUUUGGGAUGAAAUGGACCUACCCAUGUGGCGGCCUCGGCGUGACGCAAAACAGAACCUACUGGCCCAUCAGCAGCGGCGCCCUUGCCGUCCAGCCGGGCUGGAACUCGGGACACAAGAUGGCGCUCAUGUACAUCAACCUCGGCCUCGGCGAGUCGCCGAAGAACUACUCCAUGGUCAUGGUGCCCCGGUUCCAGCUGACGGGGCCCUCGAACCAGGAGUACGAGGGGACGUUCUGCCUGCCAAAGGUGCCGCUGCCCGCCGGUGUGACGCCCAAGGAGGGUGAUUUGGCGUCGAUACAGGUCGUGGAGGCCGCACAGCAUGGUGCGGCGUUGUUCAGCUGUGUUGAUAUCAUCUUUACGGAAGACGCGUCAAAGGUCAACGAGGUGACAGCGGAUAACUGCUUCAACUCAACGAAUCUCAAGGUUGAAGCGGCGACGCUCGAGACGAAUUCUUCGCCUAUUACUGAUCCAUCGGCACCGACGACCACGACUACUACUACGCCGAGCGCGUCUCCAACUAGUGGAGCUCCCCGGUUGGCGUCAAGCUUUUUCGGUCUCUUGGGCUUGUUGUUGUUUGUUUGAAAUGCCCCGGCAGGAGACGGUCUUUGACGUACACGCAUGUCGCCGGAUAAAAUUUGAAGUGCUGCAACGUUAUUACCCUUUGUGCUAGUGGAGUAGGAUUAUUGCUAAUUGAGGAUAUCACACAGAGGGGGAGACUUUGCGAGAUGAGACGCUCACUUUCACAUACUUCUUGGUUCAUGUUAUGCAGAAGGCGUUGUGAUCUUUGGGGUAAUCCUAUGGACUCAUUCCCUCUCUAGACCUCGAAAUGAUAAGACCUCCCCAUCCUGAG